AUGCCUAUGAGCCCUAAACUCGUACUGGGCAUGUGUCUGGGAUCGCUCGCCCUCACGCUGUUCCUCGCAGCUUUGGACAUCGUCAUUGUCAUCACUCUGUACGACGUCAUUUCCGAGAAAUUCAACGCCUACGGUGAGAUCGGAUGGCUCGUUACAGGCUAUUCGCUUCCCAACGCUCUUUUCACCCUGCUAUGGGGCCGUCUGUCCGCUCUGUACGGACUCAAAACGUGUUUGUCGGCAUCGAUCAUUAUUUUCGAAAUCGGAUCCCUGGUCGUGGCGCUCUCGUACUCCAUGUCCAUGCUCAUCGGCGGCCGUGUCAUAGCAGGCAUUGGUGGCAGUGGUAUCCAGUCUCUGGUGUUUGUGGUGGGCACCUCGCUCGUCGAGGAGCGUAACAGAGGCUUGGUCAUCACCGUCCUGGGUUUGGCUUUCAUGGUCUCCAACGCAGUGGGCCCUGUUCUUGGCGGAGCCUUCUCCCAACACGUCAGUUGGCGUUGGUGCUUUUACAUUAAUUUGCCUAUUGGAGGUCUCGCUUACGCCAUGCUACAGGGUUUCUAUAACCCUGCUCAAAAAUCGUUCCGUAACACGAUCACUGAGCAAGCUUACGCUGUUAAAAACUAUCGCUAUUCCAAUAUGCUAACGGCCAAGUUCUGGGGUUUCAUUGUGCGUUUUUUCAUCUUCAAGCUCGAUUUCAUUGGUUUCGCCUUGAGUUCGGCCGGAUUCGUGCUAGUUCUGCUUGGACUCACCUUUGGAGGCGAAAAGUACAGCUGGAGCUCGGGAACCAUAAUCGCUUACCUUACUGUGGGACUCGUUUUACUUAUUCUAUGGCUGCUAUACGAUUUUAUUAUCUUGCCUUACUGGGGAAAAUUCCUGCCUGAAAACGAGCGUGCCGAGCCUUUGUUGCCCUGGGCCUCGGUCAAAAUCAUCGGCGCUCUUUCCGGUACAAUCUCCAAUUUCUUUGUGUCUUUCGGCCUCAACAUGGCAAUGAUCUAUCUCAUCCAGUUCUACCAGUUGGUGCGGCACGAAAGCGCCACCGCCUCGAGUAUGCACAUGUGGGGAAUUCUUGUUCCUGCUAUUGUGUGCAUCGUUGUUCAAGGUAACAUCGUUAAAAAAUUUGGAGUGAUCAAGCCAAUAGCGGUUGGAGGUGUUGCAUUGGGCACUAUUGGCGCAGGUCUUCUAACCAUGCAAAAUGGAUCGACGCCACUGGGUCAUUCUAUUGGCUACUCCAUUCUUCCUGGUGUCGGUUUUGCAACCGUCAUGCAGUCGACUAUGUUGAGUGCCCAAAUCCAAGUCGAAAAGACGGAUCCCGAUUUCCGCCAAAAAUUUAUCGAGUUGACGGCUCUUAACACUUUUGGUAAAGCCAUGGGCAUGGCUUUUGGAGGAAUUGUUGCCACGCUCAUCUUCUCUACCACUGUGAAAGACCGCUUGAAACAUGCAGAUUUCCCAGUUCCACAUUUUGACAGCUCCGCAGAAAUAGUGGCUUACCGUGAGACACACUACGACGGACCAGAGUCUCCUAUGGCAAAGGUUCUCACCAAAGGCGUGCAAAACGUAUUUUACGUGGCGCUGGGCUGUUACGCUUUAAGUUUUCUAUUCACUUUACUCAUGUCCAACAAGCGUUUGGUAUUGGCGCCCAAAUCCGAUAGCCAACAUUCCACGAAAGACAUUGAGCACGAAGCAACGACCAUCGAAGAUUCCAAACUAGAGAAAAGGGACGUUGACAUUGCGUUUUUGGAUCCCCAUAGCUCGGGAGUCGACUCUCAGCCACCAAUUGAACAGCCACACAGGGGCGCAUGA